AUGACGGCGAUUUACAUCAAGAACCGCCUGCCUUCACCCAAGAUCGACCACAAGACUCCGUUCGAGAUCGUGUACAAGUCGAAACCAAGUGUCAAGCACAUGCGCGUGUUUGGAUGUCGGGCGUUUAUCCUGACACCAAGGGAGAAGCGAUUGAAGUGGGACCCGAAAGCUCGUGAAGGGAUGUUCAUGGGAUACGAAGAAGUUUUAAAAGCGUAUCGAGUUUACGACAUUGAGGCGGACCAAGUGGUGAUUAGUCGUGACAUCACCUUCGACGAAUCGACUUUUGACUUUUCGAUGGACCGACCAAGUGACGAUGAUGAAGAUGCGGAGUUGGACCUCGACCUCCUGGCGAUCAACGAGGACGACGUGCGUCAAACCGUCUACAAGCAGACUGGCAAGCGCAAGAGUGAAGCAAGACCCGGCAUGCCACGUUCAGCUCGCCCUCGAACUGGGUUGGAACAAGCAAGUGCGCCGGCACACGUCUCCAACCGUCACCAGAAACGACGAUCAAGUGCUCCAGAAACGAUGUCUGAUGACGAAGAAGAUACAAGCGUCUACGAUCAAGAUGACGACUCGACACCUCCAACAUUUUGGCGUGCAAGUGCAAAAGCAGUGGAAGCAACGGACCUAGCAGAACCUGUGACUUUUCAAGACGCGAUCAAUGGUCCUGAUCAAGCUCACUGGCGAAAUGCUGUGAAGGCGGAACUCAAGUCGAUGCAUCUUCGUGGAGUUUUCCGUGCGGCAAAACUACCAAGAGGCCAAGGCGCGAUCGGCACCAAGUGGGUGUUCAAGAUCAAGCGCAAAGCGGAUGGAUCGGUCGAGAAAUACAAGGCGCGUCUCGUUGCCAAGGGCUUCAAGCAGAAGUACGGCAUCGACUACACAGAGACGUUCUUGCCCGUGGUCAAGUACGUGACACUGCGUAUGGUGAUCGCGAUCACCAAGUAUUUCGACUGGCCACUGGACCAACUCGAUGUGGUGACAGCCUUUCUCUACGGAGUGAUGAAGGAGAAGGUGUACUGCGUGAUACCAGAAGGCGUCGAGAUGGAUGGCGACUUCGACUGUCUCGAGUUGGUGAAGGCGAUCUACGGUCUCAAGCAAGCUUCACGUGUGUGGAACGAGACUUUCGACGAGUUCGUAUGCUCUAUCGGUUUCGAAGCGUCGGCGUUCGACCCAUGUCUCUACAUCAAGGUUGUCGACGGUCACUGUGUGCUCGUGCUGGUCUACGUGGAUGACGUGUUGGUCACCGGCAGCUCGCUCGAGUUGAUUGCGCAGACGAAGGCCGACCUCAAGACGCGUUUCGAGAUGACCGACAGUGGCAAGUGUACUUUUGUACUGGGCAUCGAACUGGUGGACGAAUCGGAUGGCAGCGUGACGAUGUGCCAGCGACGGUAUGUCAACGACAUCCUCAAGCGCUUCGGCAUGGAUGAGUGCAAGGCCACAGCAAGUCCGGUCGACUUGAGCACUCGGCUUGUCGCAAGCACCGAAGCGGCCAAGAUCAACGUUCCGUUUCGUAAAGCUGUGGGAGCUUUGAUGCACUUGACGACUGCGACGCGCCCGGACAUUGCGUAUGCUGUGGGGUACGUCUCGCGCUCCAUGGAGAAUCCGCAGCAAGAACAUUGGACGGCGGUGAAGCGCAUCUUUCGUUACUUGCAAGGGACCAAGUCACACGGACUCCGCUUCCAGCCAAGCGACAAGAUCGACUUUCGUGGCUACUCGGACGCGGACUGGGCCGGCGACCACGCUGAUCGCAAGUCGACUUCGGGUUACACUUUCAUGCUGAUGGGUGCUCCUGAAGGCAAGUGGGUGCAUCGCCUGCUAUGCGAGAUUUUGGCGGCCGCAAACGAACCAGGACCGGACCUCGUCAUCCGUGAAGACAACCAGUCGUGCAUCAAGAUGACGAAGAAUCCGGUGAAUCAUGGCCGCGCCAAGCACAUCGACAUCAAGUACCAUCACAUCCGUGAUGAGGUCAAGCACGGUGAAGUGCAGCUCGAGUAUUGCGAGACUUCCGUGAUGAUGGCGGACAUCAUGACCAAGGGACUUUCGGGACCUCGUCACAAGGACUUGACGACGGCUCUCGGCAUUCGUGCGAGUUCGGAUUGA